AUGGUUUCUUUUCCUCACUCCGCGCCUUCUGUACAUUCAGAUGCUGCUGUGAAGGUCAUCACAAAACUUUACACCUUUCUUACGAACCGGCCAGCGGCCGGACAGUCUCACGAUGAAGUUACCAAACUCGAUGAAGGAGACAGGAUUCCCUGUUACAAGAAACUGACUGCUUCAAGAAUGCUCAAACAGUCGACCGUUCACACCAUUGCGGACGAAGAAAAAAACUUGAAGCAAACGGCGAACUUGCUCAAAGCGUACGAGGCAAAAAAACGGGAAGAGAUUCGCGCGAAAAUCGAGGAGAAAAACACUCUUUACUACUUGCCUAGGGCAGCACAGACGAACGACGAAUUCAGUGAAGGACAGCAGCGGGUGAAGACGAGGAAGAAGGACUAUCCGGGUGCAACAGAGAAAACUUCUUGGCUGUCCAGCUUGAAAAUUGGCAUUGACACUCUCACUGCCAUGGCAUCUGCCCACCAGCAAAACACGAACCGAACACCCGACCCAGAUUCUCUCCUGCUGCCUGCCGGCUCCGUCGAGGUGAGAGUUCGCCUGAACACCAGAGAAGACGGCAGCCGUGAAUCGUCUCAAAUCGAGGUCAAAGAGAGCGCGAGAAACGCGCAGAAAGACGAAGAAAAAGUGGAAGACAUCGGCACGCUGAAACAGAGGCUGGUCGAGCUCCUGUACCUCCACCUCUACGACGGAGGCGCCGAAGUGGAAGACGAACUCCAACGCCUUCUUUGCCAAAUCGACAGCAAAGGCUCCCGAGAACAAAGCGCGUCUGCUAGAAGGAUCAUAGCCUCUUUCCGCGACAGCGACGCAGACCAUCUUGCGGUGGCGAACGCAGUCAAGACGGACAAAAAGAUCCCCGAGACUUAG